UUUCCAUGCGCAGUGACCAAGCAGCUUGUUCGUGACCCCACCUCCUGCUCUUCCUCCACCUCCACCUCCACCUCCCUCCCUUCCUUCCUUCUUUCCUCUUGCGCUGCACACUGGCUGUUUGUCCCUAAAAAGAAGAAGAUCCCCACCCAGCAAGCAGGUCACUUUGGUUCCGAGCCACUCUUUCUCGUGCGAUGCGAUUCGUCCGCGCGGGGUCCAAGGAGAAGGAACAAGUCUGUCGGACAUGAUGGAUUACUGCAAGGGCCAAAUGUCCAGUUUAUCUGAAGAGGGCAGCUCCACAAGGAGCCCCCAGUCCAGUCCUGCGGGCCUGAAGCUGGAAGCGUUGAUGGAGCACCUCCAGCGACAGCAAGAAGCCAAACAGGACAUAAACCUCCAGGAGAAACACCUUCUCCAAGCUCAGCUCCUCUUUGCUCAACAUGCUGCUGCUGCUACUGCGGCGGCUGCGAGGGCCCAGCCGGGUUCCAGGCCAGACCUGUUCGGCAAAGCGGAUGGAUUCACUCAGCAAGCUUUGAACAGCAUUAAUGCCGGGGAAGAGGAGGAAGAGGAGGAUGGUGAUGAUGAUGAUGAUGAUGAUGAUGAUGACGAUGAUCACUCUGAGGAGGAAGAGGAGGAGGAGGAGAUGCGGGCGGACGCGGAAGAGAGCGGACCUCAACAGGAGGCCAAAAAGCGUCACCUGGAGCAGGUUCCGAGCCUCCAACCCAGUCUUUGCCCCACGCUUCACUCGGCAGCUGGCAAGUCGUCUUCUCCUCCUGUAGCCGUAAAACUAGAGAAGGAGGAGAAAGAGGUCCCCUCUCCCGUGGGCCCGCCUCCCUUCACGUCGGCCAACGGCUUUCCCGACUGGGCCUACGAUGAGCCUCUGAAACAAAGAGUUCCCAUCUGGGCCGAGGAGAAUGAAGGAGGAAGAGGAAGAGCAGAGCCGUCCAGGGACUUUGCAAAACUUUAUGAACUGGACAAUGACCCCCAGCGCAAGGAAUUUCUCGAUCAGUUGUUCGUCUUCAUGCAAAAACGAGGGACGCCUGUGAAUCGUAUCCCCAUUAUGGCCAAACAGGUGCUCGACCUGUACAAACUGUAUAAACUUGUGACUGACAAGGGAGGCCUGGUGGAAGUCAUCAACAAGAAGAUUUGGAGGGAGAUCACCAGAGGGCUCAACCUCCCGACCUCCAUAACCAGUGCAGCGUUCACUCUCCGCACGCAGUAUAUGAAGUACCUGUACCCUUUUGAGUGCGAAAAGAAGGCUCUGAGUUCUCCGGGGGAGCUGCAGGCAGCCAUAGACAGUAACCGCAGAGAAGGUCGACGUCCCAGCUACACUAACAGCCUGUACCGCUACUCGCCCUCUCCCACUUCCGCUCCACACAAUCUCCUGUCCUCACCAACGAUGCAGACCCCCACCUCUGGGCACAACACCUCCAGUCAGUCCAUCAGCCCAAAUGUAAAGAAAAAUCCAGAUGAGGCCUCAAGUCUGGUGAUACCCAGCCGGCUGCCAAUGGCACUGGCACUGGGGCAGCAGCAGCAGCAGCAGCAGCAACAGCAACAACAUUAUCAGCAGCAGCAACUGGCCCAAGCUGCCACUCUGGAACAUCUCCGAGAGAGGCUGGAGCGCGGGGCGGGGGGUGCUGUUGGCGACGGCCCGGAGAAAAAAAUGAUGCGUCUGGCAGAGGAGCAGCAGCGCCUCAUGCAACAGGCGCUCCAACAAAACCUCCUGGCGAUGGCAUCGCACUUCAACCCCCUGAACCUCAAGAUCAACAAUGAGGGCAAACAGGAUUUGUCCCUGAGUAUCUCGACUAAUGGAGCUGCCAGUAUUAGUGUGUCUGUGGAGGUCAACGGCACCAUGUACUCGGGAACGCUGUUUGCUCAGAAGUCUGGCGCUCCGGGUGUAUCGCAGGCUGUUACUCCAGCAGGAACCAGCGGUUUCAGUGCCUUCUCCUCUCACAGCCCCUCCUCUUCAUCCUCCAACUCAUCAAAAGGACCAAAUUAAAGAUCAGAUUUUUUUUUUUUUUACUCCACGCUUACCAUCACCAUUGGCCGGUGUACAUUAUAUUAGCUUCUCUCGUCCGGCAAAGAACUGUUUGAAAUAUUAGCUCUAAUUUGUUGUUCGGUCCGUCAAGCGGCGCAGUCCGUCACUCUCGACACACGUGGAUGUUUUUCAUGAAAUGUUUGCUGUUAGUUUGGGUUAAUAGUGUCUAAAGUGUGGCCUCCGAAAGCUUCUAAUUGUAUCUUGCUAAUCUUAGUUCCUGGUGUAUACUUGUUUUGAAUCGUAGUGAUGUUGACAUGUUUCAGUGUCUUUAGUGCUGAGAGAGAGAAUCAUUGCUGUUUUUGCGACGUCGACAGUGUAGCUAGUUUAAGAUCCUGUUCUGUUCCCAAUAGAACGGUGGUGUUGCCAAAGUGAACGAAGACCAAAAAAAGCCUUAUCUCAGUAUCAUAGUUCUGUUUUGUGACCAGUAGAUAUGAUUUAACACAAAAGGGGGCUGGUUACUGCAAGUCGAGUUUUCGUGGCAACCUUCAGGGAAAUUUGUACACUUUCAGGUACUGUGGGACCUUUUGUAUUUAGAGGGAUUUUUAGCCACAUUUACUGGUUGGACUUUUUAUUUGUAUUUUAUUUUCUUUAUUUAAUGACUGUAGUUCUGCCUUGAACAUAUCUGCUGGGAGAGGUUUGUGUAGAACAGAUGCCAUACUUACCUCAUUUGAUAAGUUGUUUUUUUUUUCUUUUUGGGGGAAAAUUUCUGAAACUCAGGAAUGUCCACUGGACCCAUAACUGUGCUGUGAUGUAUUUUUGUAUGGGCGAAGAAUGUAUCAUUACUGACCUCACGUUGGACUCAACCAGUGCUACCUCAAUCCUUGAGAGAAAUAUGCAAUCCUUAAAGCAGCAAAAGCUGAUGUAGCCAUUUGCUGACAUGUACUGUAAGUGGACAAUCAAGUAAAGUUGCAAACAAAAUGUUACUGACAACGAUGAGUGUAAACACCAAGGCCUUGUUUUGCUCUUUGACAACAUAUUUCUUGGACCUACGAUCAUGUGGAAUAAAAUAAUCGUGUGCUGUUCA